AGUACACUGGAGGUGCACAUGGCAUCAGGGAGCACAUCCUGAGGAUGAGCAACCUAGCUGCAAAGCUGAAGCCCAUGGAUGCUGACCUGGAGCUGAAGCCUGCACUUCUGGUUCACUUGGUGAUGUCUUCAUUGCCACAACAGUUUGACAUCUUUGUUGUCAAUUACAACAUGAACCCUGAGAAAUGGGACAUUGAAAAUACCAUUGCCAUGUGUGUGCAAGAGGAGGACAGGCUCAAGGCACAAAAUGGAGGUUCCAUAAAUUAUGUGAAGGACAAUAAGAAAAGGCCCUUCACACCGAGCAACAAUGGCUCUCCUUCAAAGCAAUAUGGUAAAGCCCCAAUGCAGCAUCAUCAGAAGUUCCAGCACAGGCCAUUUCCAGUGAACAAAGAUCAGUGUCUUCACUGUCAGAAGACUGGGCACUACAAGAAAGACUGCCCUGCUUUUCUGAAAGAAUUAAUGGCAAAGAAAGGGAUUCCAUUCGACGAGGACUACGAAAAGAGGCGAAGGAUGCGUUGAAGUCGCGAAUGGAGUUCAAGCAGAAGUUGAAGCUGUUGGCGACGUUCUCUUGGAGCUAGCUGAUGGCUUGACUAUUCUGCUUAGAGAUGUCUUAUUUGUUCCUUCCAUACAUAGAAAUUUAAUAAGUGUAUCGCGCUUAGAUAAAGACAGUUAUCAAUGUUAUUUUGGACAUGGCAAAUGUGCCAUAUGGUGUAAUAAUUCUUAUGU